AUGAAAACUCUAUCCGUGCUCCUGCUGCUAGCCGCAGUGGCAUCUGUCAUUUGUUACAACUGUACAUCCACUGGCAACACCGACGUGGUAGCCAAUGGAGAGGCAACCCGAAAUGGCCAAUUCCCGCAUCACGCCCUACUGGUGUCGGACUUCGCCGAUGGAAAACGGUACUGCAGCGGUGCAAUGGUCAGUCGCCAGUUCGUCCUAACCGUAGCGCAGUGCGUCCAGGGGGCCUCAAAGGUCGAAGUGGUUCUGGGAGCUAACUGUCUGCUGGAAGGAGGUGACAACAAGUACCGCUACUCGUUCACUGCCCUCGAGUACUUCGUUAAGGAGGGCUUUAGCGACGAAACUUUCGAGAACGACGUUGCUAUGGUUAAGUUUACCGAUAAGCAGGUUCGUUUGCCGCCGUGGAUCCGACCGGUGGCACUGCCGACCGUCGAUGAGCAACAUUUGUUUGAAGAGGUCUACACUAGCGGAUAUGGUUUGCAGAGCUAUGCGACGGAAUUUGCCGCUGAUUAUCUGCAGUUUCUUAAGUUGACCGUGCUGGAUUACGAACAGUGUCAGAAAGAGUUUCAGUUUGUGACGCCGGAAACGGGACGUUUCUGUGCCCAAAGAGAGGAAGAGCAACCGAACUGCGUGAGUGAUGUCGGCAGCCCGUUGGUGUUCAAGCGGAAGGGAUACAUGGAGUACACGCUGCUCGGUUUGACCAGCUUCGGACAGAAGUUUGCCUGUAGCUACGGUAAUCCCGGAGCACUGCAGGAAGUUAGAGCACACCUCGAGUGGGUCGAAAGUUUUCUGACCAUAGAAGAGGAGGUUACAACCGCACCACCAACUCUAGAGGAAUAG